AUGGACUUUUGGUCUCGACUUAUAGGCGGCGCCGCCUCAGGCUCCUCUAAAGCCCUGCGCAAGAAUCCAACAGGAAAACGACUCGCUGCGUUCAAGCAUACAUGCAACACUCUCUAUCAAAUAUGGCGUAACUCGCCCUCGCUUUCCCCCGAAUCUCCUUCGAUCCCCUUAAUUCGAAGCUCCUUGAACCGACUCAAUUCAAUCCUACGAGACGAAUCUCGUGGCCCGUCACCUCACCCUUGUCAUGCAGACGCUGCUACAUCUCAAGUUUAUUUGACCGUCACCAAGCUAGCAUUGGCAACUAACGAUCCGGGCGUCGUUUCAGCCGCUGCCGUUCUCUUGAACACGCUGAUCGAAUCCGAAGUCGACGGCAUAGUGGACAGCCGUGUAUUCUCCCGGGCACUCGUUGACCUAGUCUCCCGCGCUAACGCUGUCACCAUCGACCAGCACGCUUUCGAAGACGGCGAGUCGAAGCUCGUAGAAUUAGCCUUUGGAGUCGCGAAUGUCAUCCGUCUUAGGCCAGAGAUACUGCCAGCGUGGUUUUCAUCUGAAGAAAAAGAGGGGGAUACAAGACGGAUUGACCCUACGUUGCGGGCAGGAAAAGAAUUCGCCGGUAUCACUAGGAGAGACGACUUUCCGCUUUUCUAUCUGUUGGUGGACUAUGUCCAUUAUGAAGGUAGGACAGGCGAUUUUGCCCGCACGGGCUUACUAUAUAUAAUCGAGACAGCAUCGAAAGUGAAAGAUCUAGAAAAAUGGCUGAUCGAGAGCGAUAUGGCUACUUUGAUGGCGAUUGGAUUGGGCGCGUCAUACAGCCAAUUAAGUCGCCUAUUGAUUUCGACUGACGGCAACGACGAUGUUCCCGCUAUAAUUGCCCUAUCAGACCAUACAGAUCUUGACAAUACCGUCCAUCACUCUCAUCAAGGCCAGCUGGACGCCUUUCUUUCCUACCUGUUAUUCUGGCAGGAUGCUAUUGAUCACUGCAAAUCGCCUGAAGUAAACGACACGCUUCUAGACCAUUUUCAAGUUUUAUUCCUUGAGCAAUUGCUGUACCCGUCGUUAUUAGAAUCAUCCGAUGUGGCAGGUGGAUCUACUUCUUCAGUCAUCACCUACCUUUGCCGCAUAUUAGAAUCAAUUUACCAGCCGGUUCUGGUCAAUCGCAUAUUAAGUUUCCUCCUCGCCUCGCCUGCCAGCGAACAGCCACAUAUUACACUUCCUAUGACUCCUACUAAGAAGGCACGCAUGUCUCUAAGUCGCCGCAAGUCACUUGAUAUUCUGGCAUCAUUCGCUGAAGCAGCGGCUAAACCUUCACCUACUCUCUUUAAUCUAGUCGACCUUAUCUUGAUGGGCAUCAGAUCACAAAACAGACAGACUGUUGUCGCGACGCUACGGCUGAUAACCGUCAUCAUCCAGCACCACCAUGAGUUUGCGAACCUCCUUAUCAAAUCCGUCAGAGACCCGGGACCAGAUCUAAGGGAGUUACGCACUAUCCCAGCGCUGAAUGCAGAGGUACAGCGAUUAUUUAACUUCGCGACGAGUAUCCUUGACGAUCCCUGCAUAGAGAUAUCAUAUGAAAACUACAUAUCCAGUGCGCUUUCUGUCCUAUACCAACGAAUGCACGCCCCAACUCCUUCGUUAUCCGCUGCAGGGGCUCCGAGGGUAGAUACCCCAUGGAUAGUAGAUAUCAAGGGGGGAGUCUUUUCUGGAAUGCUAGAUUUGCUACGACGGUUCUUCACCAACAGUGUUGUUACGAACCUAGCGCUAACAAAUUCCUUCUCCGCGUUGGCGUCCUCCGAUCUAAUAUCCCUAGAUGGAUGGUUACUCGCUUAUCCAGAAAACCAAGAAUCCAUGGAUACUGAGAAAAAGGAAGGUGAUUCGAAUAUGCCACCCACCGACUCAAAUCGAGGGAAGAAUGACCCAAUACUAUCUUCGAUAUUGAAACAACUUGCUUUGCAAGUGGAAACAUGGCGCGCCGAAAUUCCAGAUUUUGACCUAUUACUCUCUGCGCGGCAGGAACUUUUGCACCGCGAGGACCAGGCAACAACCCCUAAUGAAACACAGCCUGAUAUUGAAGCAGCUCAACCCGCUAAACAGACGACUGCAACACCGUCUGAUGAAGUACCAGCUGCUGUCCCCGAUUCGAUACCCGAACCAGCGUCAGGCGAGGCGCCAGCUUCUACAGAAGAGGCAGUUCCACCCCAAUUGUCCACCAAAGUGGCCAUUAUAGCACCUCCAGAGCCAGCUUUUCCACCAGCCCUUUUACGCCCUGAUGGUCAUAGAGCGACCUCCCUUCAAGCCGUCCAUGAGACACGAGGCUCAAGCACUGCGCCUUCUGAAGCUGGAGUAGAUGAAAAUGAAGCUGAUGAUAAAGAGGAUGAAGCAUCUCUGAAUCACAUUCUAACCAACGUGGUGAUAUUAUAUGAGUUUAUUUUGGAAAUAACAGCCUUGGUCCAGGCUCGGGCGAGCGUGUUGAUUGAAUGUGACCCUUCCGUCAAAGCCAUCAUCAUCAAAUACGACAAGCUCCAGAAUAACGAGUAUAUCGUCGAAGACUUGGAAGGCGAUGAUAGAUAUCUAGUCGUCAAGGAGAGCCAGCUCGCUAGUCUUAAGAUCCGACUGGCAAAGGAACUUGACGGAAAGCUCAUGCAGCCCGAAGAAUCCGAGUCGGAGUAA